AUGCCCCCUCUCACUAAAGCUGAGGCCGCCAAGGUCGAAGAGUACGACUACUUUGUCAUCGGUGGUGGCUCUGGUGGUCUUGCUUCCGCCAGACGUGCAAGCUCUUAUGGCGCCAAAGUCGGUCUCGUUGAAGCCUCCCCUCGACUUGGAGGUACUUGUGUGAACGUCGGUUGUGUGCCCAAGAAGGUCAUGUGGUACACUGCCGACGUCGCCGACAAUCUUCGCAAGUCUGCUCAGUACGGUUUCGGCAAAGAAGGCGAGGGCGUCAAGCUCGCCGCCGACUUUAACUGGACAGAGCUGAAGCACAAGCGAGACGCUUACAUUCAUCGACUGAACGGCAUUUACGAGUCCAACCUCAUCAAGGACAAGGUCGACUACCACCACGGCUACGCCUCUUUCAUUGAUGCUAAGACCCUUCAAAUCGCUGGCCCCAACGGCGAGACCUACAACGUCAAGGCCAAGCACAUCGGUAUCGCUGUUGGUGGCGAGCCCACUGUUCCCUCAGACAAGGACGUCCCUGGUGCUUCUUACGGCAUCACCUCGGACGGUUUCUUUGAGCUUGAGACUCAGCCCAAGAGGGUCGCCGUCGUCGGUGCGGGCUACAUCUCCGUCGAGCUUGCCGGUGUCUUCAACACUCUCGGCUCCGAGACACACCUCGUCAUCCGACAUGACCAAGUCCUUAGGACUUUCGACCCAAUACUCUCUGAGGUUCUGUUGCCCUACAUGGAGAAGACUGGUAUGAAAGUUCACAAGAAGACCCAAGUCAAGAAGGUCGAGAAGACCUCUUCCGGCUCUCUCCUUGUCCACUUUGACACUGGAGCCGAGCCCCUCGAGGUCGACACUCUUGUCUGGGCUAUCGGCCGACACUCCUCCACCAGCAAGCUCGGUCUCGACAAGGCCGGCAUCACCUCUGACAAAAGGGGCGACAUUCCUGUCGAUGACUACCAGAACGCCAACGUCCCUGGUGUCUAUGCUGUCGGUGACGUUGGCGGCAAGGCUCUUUUGACUCCUGUUGCCAUUGCUGCCGGUAGAAGGCUCUCAAACAGACUCUUUGGCCCCGAAAAGUACAAGAACGACAAGUUGAGCUACGACAACAUUCCCAGUGUCGUCUUUUCUCAUCCCACCAUUGGCUCUGUCGGUCUGUCGGAGCCCGAGGCCCGUGAAAAGUACGGCGACGAUCUCAAGAUCUACAAGACUUCUUUCCGGGCCAUGUCUUUCGCCAUGCUCGACGAGGACCAUAAGCAGCCUACUGCUUACAAGCUGAUCGUCACCGGGCCCGAUGAGAAGGUCGUCGGUUUGCAUAUCAUUGGUGAAGGAAGUGACGAGAUCUUGCAGGGCUUCGGCGUUGCCAUCAAGAUGGGAGCUACAAAGGACGACUUUGACUCUUGUGUUGCUAUCCACCCCACUUCCUCUGAGGAGCUUGUCACUCUCCGUUAA